UAUUGCAAAAUGCCAACAACCGUAAAAGCUGCGUCUGCGUGUGUGAUAGCGGAGAAACCAGUUAUACUCACUGUAGUAAAUUUUUGUAAGUUGAUUUAUGGCGCAGUAAAUCUAUAAAUCUAUUAAAAUCCCCAGGCCCAAGCCCACUAAAAAUUAUAAAGUACACGCUAGCCCAAUUAGUUAGAAUCGGAACAGAUCGAUGAGGUGAGAGUGGUGGUGGUGGUGACUGUAGUCGGUUUAUCGACGGCGAGAACAAAGCUUUCUUCUGAUUCUAACCCUCUCUCUCAAUUCUUUGCUCGGACAUUGUCUCUAUUAAGAAGCGAAAUUGGUUUACAUCGUCGUAAAGUGAUUUCUUUAUCCUCCGACCCACUCUGAUUGUAUCCAUCUGAUAACGUCUCCUGAGUGAAAAUCGAGCCUUUCUAGGGUUUUGUGCUGCUCCAGCUUUCAACAUUCCAGGGUCGAAAAAAGUGCUGAGUGUGUCUUGUAAGGUAUGGACAAAAUCAGUGGACUGUCUGAUGACUUGCUGGUUAAGAUACUAUCCUUUGUUCCGACAAAAGUGGCUGUAUCCACUAGCGUUCUGUCUAAGCGAUGGGAAUGUCUUUGGAUGUGGGUGCCUACCUUCGAAGACAUUAAUACUGACAUUAAAGACAGGUAUCGUGUGUCUGUUCACAAGAACCUCCUAUCACACAGAGCUCCCAUCAUAGAAAGCCUGCGCCUCAAGUUCUGUCUCGGAUCACUUCAACCCGAGGAUAUCAAACAAUGGGUAGUCUCUCGCUGCGUGCGGGUGCUGAGUACCACCCUCGUGACUUUGAAACUCGAAGGAAACAAGAUUCUCGUCGAUGUUCCUCCAACAGUUUGUCUCCCUUCCUUGGCAACUUUGCAACUCUUAUGCGUGACAUACUUCGAUGAAGCUUCUCUCCGGAUGCUUCUAUCCAACUGCCCCGUUCUGGAAGAUCUGGUUAUUGAAAGGGAUACAGCAGAUGACAACGCGAAAGGGUUGGUAGUUGUUGUCCCCUCCUUGCAGAGGCUAUCAUUGCAGAUAGACGGUGGAUGUUGUUCUUAUGAUGGGUAUGUGAUAGAUACGCCUUCUUUGAUGUAUUUCAAAGUUUAGGAUUACAGAGACAGAGACGGUUUCUUCUAUUUGAUCAAGGAUAUGCCGAAACUGGAAGAGGCAGAUAUCGCUGUUAAGUAUGGUCUCCAAGAGUUUCUCGAAUCAGUCACAUCUGUCAAACGUCUUUCGAUUAUAGUAUUGUUCAACAAUGAAGAAGAGUCUAUGUACUGUUCUUGUAUUGUCUUCAAUCAGCUCCAACGCCUGAAGCUAAGUAUAUGCAAUGACGACUGGUCCAAGUUACUUUUCCGCUUCCUCAAAGAUUCUCCUAAACUCCGAGUCCUCAAUCUCGACCGCGCUUCUCGGUAUCAACGCUUUGACGAGACGAGUUACGAACGGACUAGCUGGGACAAUGAAUGGAGCGUGACUCCAAACUGUUUGUUGAAGACUCUUGAAACUUUCGAGUUUUCAGGGUGCAAGGGAAGACCACAAGAGAGAGCUUUCUUGAGCUUUUUCUUUACUAAUGCUCGUUGCCUGAAAUCUACAUCAAUCUUGCGCUAAGACUGAUGUUGAAACUUGAAAAAUGAUCUAAUAGUCGGUCGUUUUGGAGUGUGGAUCUUAGGUCUGUUUUGUUGUCCAGGAACUGGUGGGUUCUUUUAACCAUGGAUGUUCGAUUUGUAUUGGAGAAUGGAUGUUUGGUUUUGUUUUGUUGUCCAGGAAUUAGUAAAUGUGUAGUGUGUGACUUGCGACUCAAACCUCUUAUUAAAGAAGAUACCCAACUCAGGUUGUGUUUCUCUCUUGUUAAAUUAAUUUAUUUCCUCUGUUUCUAA